AUGAGUAAUGCGAGAGUUGCUUCCACUCUGUCUCUCAAGAGAAAAACUUAUCUUUUCAAAAUCCAAAUUUUGAUUGUAGAUGAUGACUCUACAUCUCUUGCUAUUGUUUCUUCAAUGCUUAAAGCAUGCAAACUUUCCAUUGUCACUGUUAAGAAUUCAUUAGAUGCUUUAGCAACUCUUCGAAGUGCAAAUGAAGCAUUCGAAUUGGUUGUCACUGAUCUUCACAUGCCUGGAAUGAAUGGAUUGGAACUACAAAAGCAAGUCAAAGAAGAAUUCAAGAUUCCUGUUAUUAUAAUGUCAUCAGAUGACAAGGAAAGUGUCGUUUUGAAGAGUUUAGAGAGUGGAGCUGCAUUCUAUAUGGUGAAACCAGUGAAUCCAGAUGAUCUGCACAAUGUUUGGCAGUAUGCAGUGGCUUCCAAGAAAGGUAAAGAGGUUGUAAUUGAUCAGGAAAUGGGAAGUGCUGAAGGGGUAACUUCAUCUAUUGACAAACUUAUUGUUUGUGAGGAUGCUAAUUCUUCUUCAUCGGUGAACGAAGAGGGUAGCCAGAAAAAAAAAAGGGGCAGAAAAAGGGUAAGAGAUCAUCAAGACCAGAAGGAAGAAAAUGAUCCUGUUCCAGCCAAAAAGGCCAAGGUGGUUUGGACAAAUACACUGCAUAAUCGUUUCUUGCAGGCUGUAAGCCAUAUAAGCCUGGAAAAGGCCGUUCCCAAGAAAAUUCUUGAAUUCAUGAACGUACCAGGGUUAACUCGAGAAAAUGUUGCUAGCCAUUUACAGAAAUACCGGAUGUUCCUGAAGAAGGUUGCUGAGAAGGGUUUUUGGACAUCACGUAAUGUGUCGGAAAGGGUACUUAGGUCGUCCUUUGCCUAUGGCUACGCCAACUCGAUGUUCCAAAAUCCCCAACAGGAAUAUUGGCCGUUUCUUAGACAACAGCCAUUCAUGAGAUCAUCAUUCCAACCUGGUUAUGGAGGCACUUUCUGUGGUCUUGGUAGCUCCCGCUGCGGCCUUUUACGCUUUCCUAAUCAAGAAGCUUCAAGUAGCAACUCUGUACCUCAACUCCGCUAUGGGCAAUCCAGUUUAUUUUGCAAUCCGACUAGUUUACAGCGACCAAUGUUUUCCAACCCAUAUCCUCUUCACCUGGCAAAUCGCUCAACAUUCAACAAUACUGGAAUGAAUCUGUUCUCAAAUGCAGCAACUACAAAUGGCGUCACUAGUGGUACAAGUCCAAUGCAAAUGAACCCGGAACAAAAUCAAGCAAAUCUUCAGAACAAUGCUACCCCUUUCAAAUUUGGCACAAUUGGAAUUGACUCUUCCAAUUACUCUUCAGGCGCUAGUAACAUGGGAACUAUUAAUAGUUCAUAUCCUUCUCUGAACCAGAACAAUAAUUACGCUGGAAUCCGAUUGACUAGUGAGGGCGAGCUCAUUGGAACGGGACUAAAGCGAUUCAGUGGGAAUGAGUUAUCAAGUGGCUCUAAUAACGGUUUUAAUGGUUUGAUCAACUGGACUCACAAUAACAAUCUGAACAAUGCACCACCAGGGAAUGAGAAAUUUGGUUUUUCGGGUGCUCAAGUGGCCGGCUUUUCUUCUACUGGUUUUGGAAGUGCAAGCCAAUUUUCACCAACAUUCUUUCCGGCUAAUCCAGAAAAUACUUCAGUGCUAGCACCAAUGCCUCAGCAAACUUCAGCGCUAGCACCACUGUCUCAGCAACAUACCAGUACUGGUCUUGCGAAUACUGAGGGAGAAAAUGACAAUGCUUUCCAUAACCUGAUGAAUAAUGCUUCUAACUUCUGUAGCAUUUCUGAUAAUAAUCAGCAAGAUCUUGGCGAAGGUGAUCUUGGUGAACUCCUGUUCGGGUCAACCUAUGCAACUCCUUACCAGGAACAGAAUGUGGAAGGGUUCCUGAAUGUUAAUUUACCUAGCAGCCCAUAUCCUGCUGAAGUGAGCUCUCCUGUCAAUGAACUCCUAAAUGCAGAAUUUUCUAGCGCAUGCACUAUUGCUGACAAAACUCCUGAACAAUCCUCUAGCCAGCCUCAAGGCAGGGAAGAAACUGUGAAUUUCGACUUUGGUGGCCAUGUUAGUCCAGUACGAGAUGACUAUUAUCCAAGCUUUGAGCAGCCACAAUGCAGUUAUGUGGAGCCUGUGAAUUCUGAGCUCAGUGGCAUACAUCUUGAAGAAGCACCAAUAUCCGGAAAUGAGGUUUGGGGAGAGGAGUACUUGAACUUCCUGCUUACUGAUGAGUGA